AUGGUAGCGAUCCUUUUGGAGGGAAUUGGAAAGGUGUUACCUGCACUGGCUCAUUUUGUUACUAAUUUAAAAAUACCAGGUCUUCAACUAAAUGCAAAAGUAGGAUACAAUUUGCAAGAUUUAACUUCACUUGAAGGAGCUACAAAGCCUGCACCCCCUGCUCUUGAGCGUCUUAUCAAUUUCACUGAUGAAGAAACUCCGCCAUAUGUACACAUGGUAUAUAAUUUGAAAGAAAUUUUCUUUUGUAGUCACCCAUCUCCUACUGUACUCAAUCAUCCCCUAUGCACGGUUGGAAAUAUUGUUACUGGAGAUGAUCGUCACACCCAGAAUUCUAGCUGUGUAUCUCCCAACUAUAUGGUUCAGCAAUCCGACAUCAAUGAGAAGAUGAGGGUCAUCCUAGUUGAUUGGUUAAUCGAGGUGCAUUAUAAAUUUGAGCUUAUGGAUGAGACAUUAUUCCUUAUGGUUAACAUUAUAGACAGAUUCUUAGCCCACCAAACUGUGGAACGAAAGAAACUUCAGUUUGUCGGAGUUACAGCCAUGCUUUUAGCAUGCAAGUAUGAGGAAGUUUCAGUACCGGUUGUAGAUGAUCUUAUUCUAAUUUCUGACAAGGCUUAUACAAGGAAGCAAGUUCUUUCUAUGCUUGAACUUCUCUCCUUUUUCUUGAUCGAGCUAUCCUUGGUUGAUCAUGACAUGCUUAGGUUACCACCAUCUAUGUUAGAUGCUGCAGCCAUCUACACUGCUCAGUUUACUCUUAACAGGACUAGACAUUGGCGUAAGACCACAGAGUGGCAUUCAUAUUACUCAGAAGAUCACAGUAAGUGA